AUGGAAAGUAGAAUACCAGCAGCUGCUGCACAACAGCAACCAACAGAAAAGAGUCAGGGUGGAAGUGGAAAUCUUGAUAGUUUCCAACAGAAAGCAAUGAAUGACAUUGCCAGACCUGCACCACAACAACAACAAGAUCUACAAUCAUCUACAUCCGAAAUGUUUACAAAAGUAUCAAAAUAUUUAGGUUCUGAACUAUCUGCAACUGUUGCCGAUUAUAAUCUAUUGGUUCAAAUGAAUAGUGUUACUGCCUCUAAAUAUAAAGAUAUGACCGAUAUGACAAAAGGAUUGACUUUAUAUAUGAAUGAUUUAAAGUUGAAAUAUGAAGAAUUUCUACCUUAUUUAGAAAAGAUCGAUGAUUUGGAUAAGAAUGUAGGUGAUCUUGAAAAGACAGUUCAAUUGAUCGACGAAUACACAAAGAGAUUGGAAUCAAAGAUAAAGAACAUCGAUAAGAGUGCUCUCUCACCAAUUAAAAUACAACCACCUACUCCAGUAACACCACCUACUUUUAAUAAUAACCCAAUACCACCACCAGCAUCAACAACAACAGCAACAACUACUUCAAAUACAGCAUCUACAACAACUACAACCGAUACCAAUGCAACAGCAACAACUUCGACAACAACAACAAAUACUCAAUCAUCAUAA